GGAAGUCAGCCUGGUUUCCAGCUGAGUGCUCGCUCCCUCUGCGUGUGUGUGCGCACGCGCGCACUCGUGCUGUCAUUAUUAUCCACUCCGCUCGCGGCUCAGAAUGGCCAGAUCCACUCAGACUGAAGGAAGACGGCAGCAGCAGCAGCAGCAGCUCCAGCCCGCUCUCUGCAGUCUGCUCUCCGCCGGACCGCCCUCCCCCCCGACGCCACCGCUCCUCCUCACCACGCAUCAGCACCAGAACCCCCAAAACCCGUCCCCCAAACCCAUGAACGGGUCCGAACCCAUUUGCAUCCAUCCGGAGAGCGGCGCCAUGAAAGACCAGGAUGCCAUCAAGCUGUUUAUCGGGCAGAUCCCGCGGAACCUGGAGGAGAAGGACCUGAAGCCUCUGUUCGAACAGUUUGGGAAAAUCCACGAGCUGACAGUUCUGAAGGACCGCUACACCGGCAUGCACAAAGGUUGUGCAUUCUUGACGUACUGUGCCCGGGAGUCAGCCAUCAAGGCCCAGAACGCCCUCCAUGAACAGAAAACGCUGCCGGGGAUGACCCGUCCCAUCCAGGUGAAACCCGCCGACAGCGAGAGUCGUGGAGAAGACAGGAAGCUGUUUGUUGGGAUGCUGAACAAACAACAGACCGAAGAGGAUGUUUACCGCCUCUUCGAACCCUACGGAGUCAUCGAGGAGUGCACGGUCCUAAGAGGUCCGGAUGGAAACAGCAAAGGCUGCGCCUUUGUUAAGUUCUCUGCACACACAGAGGCUCAGUCUGCGAUUGGAGCUCUGCACGGCAGCCAGACCAUGCCGGGCGCUUCCUCCAGCUUGGUGGUCAAGUUCGCCGACACAGACAAAGAGCGCACCAUCAGACGCAUGCAGCAGAUGGUGGGGCAGUUUGGCAUCUUCAAUCCCGCCAUCGCCCUUCCCUUCAGCACGUACAGCUCUUAUGCACAUGCGCUCAUGCAGCAGCAGGCAGCCAUCAUGGCGGCCAGCCACGGAGGUUACCUCACACCGAGCGUGGCUUUUCCCGCCACACAGAUACACCAGAUGGGGCCGCUUAACAUCAACAGUCUCCCCCCCACCCCCAUGACCCCGGUGUCGGGUGAGUUUCAUCAAACCCUGGCAGGCCUCAGUUCUCCACCAGCCAACAUCACCACCUCCGCCGUGCCCAGCAUCGUAACGCCCAUCGUCAACGGAUUCACCGGCAUCCCGCAUCAGCCCAACGGACAUCCUGCUGUGGAGACCGUCUACACCAACGGCCUGCCGCCCUACUCCACCCAGAGCCCCAACGCAGCUGACACACUUCAGCAAGCCUUCACAGGUGUACAGCAAUACACAGCAAUCUACCCGGCAACCACGCUGACCCCCAUCAGCCAAACGCUGCCCCAAGCCCCCCAGGUCAUCCAGCAGCAGCAACAGCAGCAGCGAGAAGGUGAGGGUCCAGAGGGCUGUAACCUUUUCAUCUACCACCUGCCGCAGGAGUUUGGAGACAAUGAACUCAUGCAGAUGUUCCUGCCAUUCGGGACCGUGAUCUCAUCCAAAGUCUUCAUGGACCGAGCAACCAACCAGAGCAAGUGCUUUGGUUUUGUGAGCUUCGACAACCCUGCUAGUGCCCAGGCAGCUAUCCAGGCCAUGAACGGCUUUCAGAUCGGGAUGAAGAGGUUGAAAGUGCAGCUAAAGAGACCGAAGGACGCCAGCCGCCCUUACUGACACCGCCUACCUUCAGUUUUCACAGCAGCAGCACAGGUUUUAAAGGACACAUGAGAAAAUCUCGAAGGAGCUGAACUUUUUUUCUUUGAACGCAAAAUAUGUUUUAAAAAAAAUCAAGACUUUAAGGAGUUUUUUGGAGACAUAUCAACGAUUACACAUGAGGAUGUAGGCGAGGUCGUGAAAGGACACCUGGAGGAGGAGGAGGAGGAGGAGGAGGAGGAGGAGGCGUUUCAGCGAGGAACAGGAAAAUCCGUGAAGGAGUAGAGCCGGAACCAGCAGAGGAGGAAAGACACGAGAGAUCAGCAACAGAGCUGAUUUCUUGUUGAGACUUUAUCUGUUAAUUAAGCAACAAACAAAAAAGCAGCAACAACAAAUAGAUUUCUAUAUACAUAUUCUAUAUAUCUAUGAAAAGAGGCGCUGUGGCGUCUCCUGGACAAAUGAGGGUUAAAACUUGAAGAUCAGAAAAAGCAGUGGAGACGAGAAGCUUCCUACAGACUUCCGGUCUCCUUCCCUCUUCUUCUGUCUCUGCAGAACUGUGGACGUUUCCAUAAGCAGCCGUAGAGCUUUCAACCCCAAGGGACCAAAGGACCAAACAUUUUUAUUGUUCUGAACAGGCAUAUAUAGUAUUAAUGAAACUAAUACUACAAACUACUGCUAAUAGUAUUCAAAGUUAACAGGAAACAAUAGCUUCAGGUUGAAAAUAAAAGCAGUAAGGGUUUCUAGUUCUGGGUUUGAGAACAUUAGAGUCAAACAGGAAAUGUGCUCAGAAAAGAAAACGUUACUAUUUUAGCAGCAUAGAAUUUAUGGGUUAGCUACAGUAUAUUUUGGGGCAUGUUCACCUGCAUUGUGUCUGCCACUUCAUCCCAGAGUUCAUGUGAAGGUGUGAAGAGGACCAACCGGAUUCCAGCCGCUGACCCUAAGGACCGCAUGUCCCUCCAUGGAGACCUUGAUCCAACUCAUCACCUGGAUUUUAGAGGCGUCUGCAGCCACCACCACCACCCCCCGUCAAAGUAUCAGCACAUCUGCUGUUACAGAGACCAGCCCAGUGCUGGGGGGCCCCAACGCUAACCACAAUGAGGGUAGUACUGAUCCAAAGGGGAGCAGCCCUGGAGUUCAGCGCCCAUCAGCAUCUUUGUUUCCUCAACCAUCAGAAUCUGGACGUUCCUGCAGAUGAACGGAGCAGAACCGGGAGCUCCUCAGCAAACAGCAGCUGGAUCAUCCGUAGCAUCAUCACCAAGAGUCCAUCAUCUGGAGAUCAGCGGGCCUGAAAAUGUGCUUCAUAUGUCCAGAGCCGGCAUGAUGCCUUCUUCAUCACCAGACAACAUCAGAACAUCCCAGAUCUCAUAAACAUUAGACAUACCAGCACCCGUCUCAUUCUUCAGAUAGCAUGGCAUGCCUCGGCGGUCUGAUUUCAUGUUUCCAUGGGUAUGACUCCUAAAAUCCAGAGCAGAAGUGGAAUGGACUUUGGCUCAGUUUUUGUGCCAUGAGUAUAUCAGUGGUGUUGGAGGGAGGCUACAGAGCAUUGGCCAAACUGUUGAGAUGCCUUUCUUCAUCCACAAUUGCCAAAUGAUGCCAGCAUAUCCCCUGAAGCUCCGCCCUCUACUGCCAGGUUACCCCUCCCAACAAGUAAUCGCUCUGACACAGGACACUUUGCUUUUGUAAAAUACUGUACCAUUGUAGAGAGAGGGUCUGCUCAGGCUGUAAAGGGAUUGAUUUACAAAAAAAAGAAAAGUUGGAUUUCUUCUUCUCACUAGGGAGUUGAAGCCAAUCUCCUGGCCGCUGCCAGCCCCAUUUCUGAAAUCCUGUCCAGGUUUUCUCUUUUUAGAACUGAAGAGUUUCUGGUUUUUUACAAGUAUUAUUAAAAUGUGAUUAAAGUGAGUGUUCUGACAGGUUGGGAGAAUCAAUUGAAAGAUAGCAGCUAUUGAUGCUUCCUUUAUUUAAAGCACCACUGAAAAAUGACAACGGAUAUUUUCUGUGGAUGGAAGCAGGUGCAGACGCCUGCGCAUACAUGUCCACUACAAGCUGCAGGAGGUGAUGGUUAGAAGGUGCAUUUGUAGCCAGAAACAGAAAUGCUGAAAAUCUCUGUGGGGCUCACAGAGGAGGAGAACAGCAGCGAUCCUCGCUCGCACUCUGCUCAACAAGUUGCAUGUGUUUGAGAUAAAGUUUGAUUUGACAAAGAUUCACUCUUGCAUCAUUUUUAUCAUUAAUCGUUUUAGGCCAUGCAGCCAUGGUGCCCUUUCCGUUUCUGAGCAUGCUCAUUGAGGGUGGGGAGGGUUUGGAAUACUGCUUGUAUUAACAAUAGGAAUCUGGUUUGAAUGCAAAAGAUUGAAGCUCAUUAUAAAUAUGAAAUCUGUAUAUUGUGAAAAAUCAGCACUGGACCUUCCUUUGGGUUCCUAUAGGCUGGGGUUUGAUAUGUGUGUGUGGGGGGGUUAAGCAAACUUACUGGUUUCUCAGCACAACGCAUACAGAAACACAAACUGCAGUAUGAAUAUCUGUGAGGAGACUUCUCCGACAUGCAGGGCGCUCAGAUGAAUCUCAGUACUUUCAACCUGAAGGAGAAAAUGCUGUUUACAGGCGAUUCUUUUCAUUUCCUUUCUUAUUCUUCUCUUUUUAAGUAUGAGUGCCACCUGUUUUUGUGGCAGCAUCAGAACAGCAUGAAAUAACUGACAGGGAAAAGCAGUAUCUUUUUUAUAAAUAUUUAAAAAAGUAAAACCUAGAAAAAAAAAGUAAAAAAAAAAACAGUGUGUUCUGUCUUAGCCUGAGAAACCAAACAUUUUCCCCUGGUGUAAUUCUUAAUACUUGCUGCUUAGACUACUUCAAUGAUUUAAUAAUUUUAUAAUCAACUAUCUGGUCAAAAAUGUAACUUGAUGUUAAUUUAUUUAUUUAUUUGCUGAAACUGGCCACGUUUCUUUGCUUUCUUUUCCUGUUACGGUACGAUAAAGAUAUGUAUCAAAGGAAAUGCUUAUCGGGGCUUUUCUCUCUUUCUUUUCUUUUUUCCAAUUUUACAAUAAAAUUUCCAACUGGA